GUGCCAAAUCUUAACUUAUAUUUUUAGUUUUUAUUUUCUUAGAUUCUUUGUAGUUUUUAUUUUAAUAGUAAAUUAAAAAUGUCGGAACAUCAGUCGAAGGCACCGACCUUCCUUUUCGACAUUAUUGUAACUCGCUUGCAGCUUACCAAGGAAAAAGUCGAUGAUCCAUCAAAACUAAUUGUUAAUCUAAAAUUUAAUAACAUUCCCAUGUCCAUAACGCCCAGCCGUAUAAACGUGACCGACUUUAAGGCUGGACGUCAGUCAGCAAUCACAUGUGAUCCCGAGAUCCUUCGCCAAGGUCUCGAGGCGCAGGGAUUGCCGAUGACUGUGCGUUACAGUGGAAAGCCUGUGGGAACUGCAACAUUAAAGUUUCCCCAAUCCUUCGUCGAUCGCAUUCAGGACGGCAUGAGCGACCUAUAUCAUCAGGAUUCGUGCACUCUAGUUAAGCGUGAUGUAGUGGCUGGCACUUUGGAGGUGUUUUGCAGUCUAAUCAUCAAGUGUGAGACCCUAAUAGAAACAACAGAACCCUGUAAGAAGAGUUGUACCAACCUAGGAAAGGCCAUAAAAGAGGCAGACAUUAUGUUUUUAAUUGGCAGUAAUGACCCCUGUGAAUCGGUAUGUGAGCCAUGUGCAGAGCAGAUAGAGACAGAGGAGGGCGAUGAACGACUCCGAAUGGAUUUGAAUCGCUAUCGCGGCGACAAUGAGCGGGCAACUCUGCCGCCUACAGAGAACUAUAAGCUGGAAGCGACCUCCCUGCUGAAGGCUAUGGCAGAUCAAUGCGGUCUUGCAAUUGACUCGGUUAUGAAGAAAGUAAACAAAUUGCCCAAAGACGAGCUUAUAUUCACAGACUGGAGUCGUCAACAGACGCCGUUCACGCAAAAGUAUGUCGAUCGGACAAUAAGUGUUCCACUUGGCGACAUUGAAGUGAUGGGCAUAAAGCCCAUUCGCUUCUGUCCCGUGUGCCUCACCUCAAUGUCAUGUCUACCCAAAUACGCGCCCUGUCCCAAGUGCGACACGAAGGCAAUGCCCAAGCGUGACCUUCUUUCAGAGAAACCUCUUACCGCUGAUCAAAUCAUUAAUCAGUGUCUGAGACAACCCAAAAAACAAUCCGAAAACUUUUGCGAAGAUCCCUGUGCAGAGCCAGCCAGUGACGAGAAAGAGAAAGAGAAUGAGAACAUUCUUGGCCCCGUCCCUGGUGCCGGGGAGGGGUGUCCCAAAGUGGAGCCAAACGAAAAUGAGGACUUUUGUGUCAUAGUCGAGCCCAAUCAGCUGUCGUGCAGCCCUUACUUGGAGCGAGUGUUUGCCGAGCUUCGAGAUCUUUAUAAGAAAAGAGACGAGAAGAAGGCUGCUCAAUUAAAUAAGCACUGCGCGCAGAAUCUCUUGCAGCUCAAACUAUCCCAGAACAGCUCGCAUAUGCUGACCCAAAAGUCAUCGACGGGUGCCAUCGUAAAGGUGACCGGAAGUCCAACCUUUAUGCAUCGCAUGCCGCAUGGGCCGAAGAUUGGCCACAAGACUUGCUUGAGGCAGGAGCUCAAUGUAUCCAGACGCCACGGCUGGGCGUGGCCGUCGACCAAGAAGGCUCGCAAAUACGGCUGGCGCCCGGGAGCUAUUUGCCGCUAUGCCGGAGCCGUAAUGAGAUUUUUCUUAUGCUCAGCGGAAAAUAAUGCCUUUAACACCUGUCAGGAAGCGGAAGAGGACGAGAGGAGCAUACAGCCAUCGAUCCUCAAUAUGCGCAAGAAAAACGGCGCAAUUUACAUAACUCUGCGUGCGGUGAACAGCCCGCACAUGGAGAUGAAGCCCAUCGUGUUCAAGAUAGUCAAGAGUGAUCUCGCUGUCGCACUCAGGGAGAUCAAGAAGAAGCUGAAGCAGAAGGGCUUUCCCAAAUGCGUCUGCCACAAGUCCGUCAUGAUGUGCGUCUGCCGGGACGCCGUGGAUAAAAAACAUCUGGCACGGGCACUGCAGAAGGAGUGUAAGCUGCGAAGAAUGGAAAGCUGCAUAGAUCGCUUGAUCCUAACGGACACCAGUGAGAGCGAGAUGGAGUUCAAUUUCGAUGUGACACCCCCAUUGGCCGUCGGCAAGCCCCAGCUGGCGAUUAAGCCACGUACCUUUACAUUGAGUACGCAAACAGAUGAGAAAGAUAAAAUCGUUCCACCACUAUAUCCAACCGAGCUCGAUCCCUAUUGGCGUGUCUACGACUGCGCUGCGGGCGAUCGGUACACUGGAACAGCAUUUGGUAAGCCCGGGGAGGUUGCAUUCGAGGAUGGACUUUUUGGACAUGGGGGCGGUGGACCGCACGGUGCAUCAGGUUCGCCCGGGGGCAGACCUAAGCUACCUGGAAUAUGGGGCUCCGGGCAAGGUGGUCCCAUGCGUGGGGGCGCACGUGGCGGUGCAGGAGGCGUAGGAGGCGGGCGUGGUGGUCCCGGGGGCAUGGGUGGACUUGGGGGUAUUGGGGGAGGUAGAGGCGGAAAAGAUUUUCCAGGCGGUAAAAAGAAACCACAGCCAACUCCGUUCAUCCCUGUACGAAUGCCUAAGCGCCACGUUGAAGGUGUUAAACGAGCUAUUCAAGCCGAAAAAGAUGCAGUUAAGAAUGAAAUCGCUCGAAGGAAGAAGGGUAUUGACCUCAUGAAGUAUUUAAUGAAAGAUGGCGCUAUUCCCACGCCCUGGAAUCCGAAUGAGCCCAAGCCUGAAGUCAAGUCCAAGGUCAAGACGGGUCCGGUUGUUGGGGCCGAUGGAUUGACCGAUGCGCAGCGCAAACGAAAGGCUCUCAACCAGGUUUGCGCACCACCAUUCGACAGCUUAGCCAAGCUUGGUAAAGGUAUCGAUCCGUGCAUCAAUCAAUGCUACUAUCCAUGCGCUAACCAGUGCUACAAUCCAUGCGUCCAAUAUUGCAAUCCUUGUCCCUACUAUUGUUAA